CGUCCCUCGUCUCUGUUCUAGUCUGUCUGCUAGUGUGGUGUGGUCUGACUUCGAUUGAGGCGAAGAUGGCCGCUGGUGCUUUCUCCGCUGCUGCUAACACAUCCACAAGCAACGAGGGGAUACUUAUUGGCGAUAGAGUGUACUCGGAGGUUUUUUUAACGAUUGACAACUCUCUCAUACCGGAGGAGAGGCUUUCGCCAACACCUUCUAUGCUCGAUGGCCUCGACCUCAACACCGAGACCGACCUCCGCAUUCUAGGCUGCGAACUAAUCCAGUCGGCCGGCAUUCUUCUGCGGUUGCCACAGGUGGCCAUGGCUACGGGACAAGUGCUUUUUCAUCGAUUUUUCUACUCCAAGUCGUUUGUCAAACACAGCUUCGAGAUUGUUGCUAUGGCCUGCGUGAACCUGGCCUCCAAAAUAGAGGAAGCGCCUCGACGAAUAAGGGACGUGAUCAAUGUUUUCCACCACUUACGACAAAUACGAGGAAAAAGGAGCCCGAGUCCGUUGAUUCUUGAUCAGAACUACAUUAACACCAAAAACCAGGUUAUUAAAGCGGAACGGCGGGUUCUGAAGGAGCUGGGAUUCUGCGUGCAUGUCAAGCAUCCCCACAAGAUCAUUGUAAUGUAUCUCCAAGUCCUUGAAUGUGAUAACCAGACGCUGAUCCAAACAGCCUGGAAUUAUAUGAAUGACAGUCUGCGGACCAAUGUGUUUGUGAGAUUUCAAGCAGAAACCAUCGCUUGCGCCUGCCUUUACCUUGCUGCCAGAGCUCUUCAGAUGGCUCUUCCCUCCAAGCCACAGUGGUAUCUGCUAUUUGGAGCCACUGAAGAUGAGAUCAAGGAGAUCUGCAUUACCACAUUGAGGCUUUACACCAGGAAGAAGCCAAAUUACGAGCUCCUGGAGAAGGAGGUGGAGAAGAGGAAGAUGGCUCUUCAGGAGGCCAAGCUUAAGGCUAAAGGGCUUAACCCAGAUGGCACCCCUGCCCUUUCCACCCUGGGGGGAUUCUCGCCUGGCUCUAAACCAUCUUCUCCAAGAGAGUCAAAGGUGGAUGAGAAAUCUCCAAACCCCCAGACGCAGAAGGCAGUGAAGAAGGAGCCAGAUGACCGACCACAGGGCUCCAAGAGCCCCCAUAAUGGCCUCAGGAAAGAAAACAAGCUGAGUCGGAACAGCAGGAGUGUCAGUCCAUCACGGUCAAGAACAAGAUCGCGGUCACGGUCCCGCUCCCCUCGCAGACAUUACAACAACCGCCGGAGCCGCUCCGGGACCUACAGCUCACGCUCCCGUAGUCGAUCCCACAGCCGCAGCCCGUCACCACGCCGACAACAAAACCAUGGCCCUUCGCCCCUGCUGCCCCAUCUGAAGGCCAAGCACCGGGUGGAUGACCUCAAGCUGCAGGGCCGUCACGGUCACAAGAGGAAGAAGUCCCGCAGCCGCUCGCGGUCCACCAGCAAACCCCGGGACCGGGAUCGCGACCGUGACCGCAGCUCCUCCGACAUGGCGGCCAAGAAGCACAAACACGAGCGCGGAGGCGGUCAUCACCGGGAUCGGCGGGAACGGUCCCGCUCCUACGACCGCAGCCACAAGAGCAAGCACCACAGCAGCGGUCACUCGGGCCACGGGCGGCACCGCCGCUGAAACACCCAGGACUAGUGGGCUGAGGGCCCCUCCCCCUCUGUGUUUCUGUGUUUUACUUUUCAUUUAUUUUUUUUCUUUUGCAAACCUUUAGUUUAAAUGUAAAGUUAUGGACUUGAAACUACAUAUUUACAGUGUAAAGAUGGCUUAAAUGCCAAUGUAUUACAAAGAAUGCUUUGAUUUAUAAAAGCAACAUAUAAAAAAAAUCAGAAUUCAGGAAAGAUCUAGAUUUUGCACAGUUCAAAGAAAGAAUACUUGGACAAGUUUGUUUUACUUUUUUGGACAGACAUAUGUAUACAUAAGUUGUGUGCUGUACAGGUGCAAGAAAACGGGGUUUCUCUAGAUAUAGACCUUAUUUUUUUACAGCUGGCUGCAGACUCUUAAUUUCGGACCUCUUUUGUUAGAAUCGUGGUGAAUUUGUUACACUGGUUUUUAGUCUGCACGUGUUUGUCUGAUUUUUACUCAAUAAAAGACUC